GAUUUGGUUAAGAGGAUUAAACAUGUACUCCAUUGACUUGUCAUGAUUCCUCAUCAAAUAUUGACAUUGAAUUUGUGACAUAUAUGAGCAUGUGAAUCUAAAUGUAGAGGUUCAUAAUCAGAGCCAGCCAUCUACUUAUCUUACAAAACCAAACAACAUUUAUUGUCAUCAACAGAUAAUUCUUCACACUCUCACACCAAAAUAAAUCAUGUCUUCUUCCUUCAAAUUUAAAUGCUUCCAAUAUUUUUUCAUCAUCAUAUUCAUAUUAAAUGUCUUUGCUGCAACAACCAUUUUAUCAUCAUCAACAGACGAUUCUUCAUUCAACAACUUUCUAGAUAUUGCCAAGAGUCCAGAAGUUUUUAAUUGGAUGAUUAAUAUCAGAAGAAAGAUUCAUGAGAAUCCAGAAUUAGCUUAUCAAGAAUUUGAAACAAGUGAACUGAUAAGAUCCGAAUUGGAUAAAAUGGGUAUAUCUUAUAAACAUCCAGUUGCAAUCACUGGUGUCAUUGGUUUCAUAGGAACUGGAUUUUCUCCUUUUGUUGCUUUAAGAGCUGAUAUGGAUGCUCUUCCUAUGCAGGAAAUGGUGGAGUGGGAGCAUAAGAGUAAAGUAGCUGGAAAGAUGCACGCGUGCGGUCAUGAUGCUCAUGUUACUAUGCUACUUGGUGCUGCAAAGAUUCUCAAACAGCAUGAAAAAGAGAUACAAGGAACUGUUGUUCUUGUUUUCCAACCAGCAGAGGAAGGAGGUGGAGGGGCUAAGAAAAUUUUAGAUUCUGGAGCAUUAGAAAAUGUUACUGCUAUCUUUGGAUUGCAUAUUGCUCCUGACUUACCAAUAGGCGAAGUGGACUCUAAGUCUGGUCCAAUAUUGGCUGGAAGUGGCCGCUUUAAAGCAAAAAUAAGCGGAAAAGGAGGUCAUGCAGCACUUCCUCAACACUCUAUUGAUCCUAUAUUGGCAGCUUCCAAUGUGAUUGUAAGCUUACAACAACUUGUUUCUCGCGAGGCCGAUCCUCUAGACUCCCAGGUUGUGACGAUUGCAAAAUUCCAUGGUGGUAGUGCGUUCAAUGUUAUUCCGGAUUAUGUCACAAUUGGUGGCACUUUCCGCGCCUUUUCUAAACAAAGCUUCAACCAACUGAGACAGCGGAUUGAGCAGGUUAUUAUCGGACAAGCUGGUGUGCAUAGGUGCAAUGCAACUGUGGACGUAAAACCUGGCUAUCCUCCAACUGUAAACAAUUUUGACUUGCAUGAGCAUUUUGUGAAAGUUGCAGUGAAAAUGCUUGGUAUCAAUAAAGUUGACAGUUUCAUGACGCCAAUCAUGGCAGCCGAAGAUUUUUCAUUCUAUCAAGAGGUCAUACCUGGUUACUUGUUCUUCCUUGGAGUGAAGAAUGUCGAACAUGAACAGUUUGUGCCAUCAUUUUUACACUCACCAUAUCUCAAAAUCAAUGAAGAUGGACUGCCUUAUGGAGCUGCACUUCAUGCAUCAUUAGCAGCUAAUUAUCUUGUAAAACAUCAGCAGGAUAUUGCACCUGGUGUUGAGAGAAAAUAUCAUGAUGAAUUAUAAAUGUUAGGGAAAAGCUAACACGUGCCCUAAGGGCAAAUGUUAGUGAUUCAAAAAAGAAAAUGUUUUAUCAUAAUUCAUGCAUCUAAUGCAUUUUUUAAACUUGAUUUCAAAUUAAUUACACAAAAUUUAAGACCAUAUUUCUACUUUUGGAUUCUCA